UCAACUCAGCUGAUUCAGGUUGAUUCAACCACGCAGGCAUAACAUUUGUGUUGUUAGUACUUGGUACUUGGUACUUAGAAACUAUAAAAAGAACUGAUAUCGACUGGUUGAAUGUAACACACAAAAGGUACUUAGUGCCUAUUAUUUGCUUGAAGGUUGUUAUCACAGCGACGGCUACGCUGCCGGCCGAUGUGAGCGAUCAUUACCACUGCAGUGUUUGCUGCGAAACGUAGGUAUCAUGGCUGCUAACUACGAAAAUAAUCCGGCAAUUGCGAAUUUCGUGGAAUAUUUGAAAAUACCGAGUGUUCAACCUGACAUCAACUACGAUGAUUGUGUAGCAUUUCUGAAAAAGCAGGCUAAUGGACUUAGCCUCGCCGUGAAAGUAUACGAAUUAGUUCCACGCAAACCCAUAGUUAUUUUAACAUGGCCAGGCAAAGACCAAUCACUCGGAUCAAUCUUGCUGAAUUCUCAUAUGGAUGUCGUGCCUGUAUUUGAAAAUAGUUGGACAUAUCCUCCAUUCAGCGGACACAUUGAUAAAGACGGAAAGAUCUACGCCCGUGGCUCCCAGGAUAUGAAGUGUGUUGGUAUUCAAUACUUAGAGGCGAUAAGAAAACUGAAGGCAGCUGGAGUACAAUUAAAAAGGACUCUACACGUUUGUUUCGUGCCUGAUGAAGAAAUUGGCGGUCACGAUGGCAUGGAGAAAUUCGUCCAUACUAAAGAUUUCAAAGACUUGAACGUAGAAUUUGCUUUGGAUGAAGGAAUGGCGAGCCCCAAUGAAGAUUUUGUACUGUUUAACGGCGAAAGGAGCAUUUGGCAAAUUCACGUGCAUUGCACUGGACAACCUGGCCAUGGAUCAUUAUUACUGCCCAACACCGCAGGCGAAAAGUUGAGAUACAUUAUUGACAAAUUCAUGGAUUUAAGAGCUGAACAGAAAAAGAUAUUGGACAGCAAUCCAAAACUGACCAUUGGUGACGUGACUACAAUAAAUUUGACUCAAAUAUACGGAGGUGUACAAUCGAAUGUUGUUCCUGAGAAAUUGACUGCAGUCUUUGACAUUCGAUUGGCCGUAACGGUUAACCAUGAGGAAUUUGAAGACAUGAUAAAUAAGUGGUGCAAGGAAGCAGGGGAUGGCGUCACUUUCGAUUUCGAACAGAAAAAUCAUUAUGUUGAAGUGACGAAACUGGAUGCAAGUAACCCUUUCUGGCUAGCUUUCAAAGCUGCCGCUGAUGAGUUAUACAAUGAUGCUUGUGUAGCAACUGAUCCAUUUGUACCAACACAUACAACAAUAAUAAAGAAAUGUAAAUGCAAACAGCAAGAACCAAAGAGACAAACAAAUUAUAAAAAGAAAUCUGAAUCUGAGAAAAUGAAAAGAGGUCCUAAACCAAAGCCCAAACAAGAUCACCAAUGUUAUCAGUGUGAUAAGCAGUUCAGAUGUCAGGCACAAUUGGAAAUGCAUGUCAGCAAAAGAUUCUCGGCGCAAGGAAAUCUUCAUGCUCAUUUGAAAAUUCAUACUGGUCAAAGAGAUCAUAAAUUACACAAACUGAAAAAGCAUCAAAUAGUCCAACAGAAUUCUAAGCUUCAAAAUGAAGGAUUUAACAACAGUGGCAACAUUGAUAUUAUAGGAAUAGAUGUAGGCAAAGAGCCACCAAUGAAAGAUGUUGGCCAUCUAAUACCACAUUUGAUCAAUGAAAAACCACAGCAGAAUCUGCCAGUUAUUCCUGAGAACCAGCCACUGAUGCCUUUUGAACAGAAAACAAAGGAAAUGUUUCACCAAUAUCCAACUAAAGUUUUUGAGGUCCACAACUGUGCUAUAUGCGGUGAAGGAUUUGAUUAUGUGACUGCUUUAGCCCAACAUUAUUUACAUCAACAUAAGGACCAUGAAAAUAUUCACUCAAAAAUCUAUGGGCUGUCUCAUUAAAUCCUUUUUGUUUAUACAAUUAAAGUUAAUUCUUCAAAGAAA